AUGGCUGACCGUCGUCGUACCAAUGCGCCUGCAGGCGGCACAUCUGCGCCCAUCUUCGUUCCUCCUACAGAUUCAAAAACUUCACAACGACCGACUCGUCAACGAUCCUCAUCCACGCCUCGUAAAAUCUUCCUACAGACAGGUCUUGUACCAUCCGCUUCUGGAUCGGCCUACCUCGAACUACAUCCUUCCACCGACGCGGCCAGAACAACACUCGUAGCCCAAAGUGGCACCCUCAAACUUACUUGCACUGUUCAUGGCCCGCGACCACUUCCUCGCACCGCCGCUUUCAGCCCGAACCUACUCCUCAGUACACACGUCAAGUUCGCGCCGUUCGCUAGUCGUCAAAGAAGAGGAUACCUUCGCGAUACUGCAGAGAGAGACCUUGGAUUGCAUCUGGAAACAGCACUACGAGGUGUGGUCAUUGGCGAGCGCUGGCCCAAAUCUGCAGCAGAGGUUGUAAUCACUGUUCUGGAGAGUGAGGAGGAUGAUUGGUGGCGUGAUGACGAUGCCAGCAAGAAGAAUAUUGGAGGUGUAGGCUUGAUGAAUGUGCUGGCUGGUUGUGUUACUGCUGCAAGUGCUGCUCUUGUGGAUGCAGGUAUUGACUGUGUGGAUCUUGUCUCUGGUGGUGUCGCUGCAGUCGCUGGUCAAGGCAAGGGAGAACUGGUACUAGAUCCUUGUCCGAGCGAACACAACGAUCUGCGUGCCGCAGCGGUAGUCGCCCAUCUUCAGUCAAGAGACGAACUUACAGAACUAUGGGUCAAGGGCGAUGCUGGAGAAGGAUUCGAAACAUUGGUAGACCGUGCUGUUGAUGCUGCUGGUCUUUCAAGAAGCGUACUCGCAGAAGCUGUUAGAGAGGCUGCUGAAAUUAAGACAAGCCCCCAGGCUGCGGAUGCUGUCAAGCAAGAGGUGGUCAAGGCUACUGAUGUCGAGAUGACAGGAUGA